AAAUUCUAAAGUGUCCCUAGCGUAGCCAGUCUAGGACUCUGGUCCCCACUUAUCUAUCUGGUGGUCACCCCGACGACCUAUGAAGAUACAGGGUUUUGGGUCUCACUCUCACCAGGGACCCUACCGCGAUCCUGAAGCAAACCCCCUACUGGGGGUGGGUCACCUGGGGUGGUAGCCCUAACACAAACGCCUUCCUUUUCCCCACCCAUGACGGACCCAGCCAGGUUUGCAUUUCACAUCGGUACUCUUCGCUCCAGUUUCAUCGACCAGGGAAAAUGCAAGUUAAAACCCAGGAAUGACCCCAAACAUGCUUCACUCCUCUCUCCCCGGUAUCCGCGGGUCUACCAGCACAGUCCGCGCCCACCCGCUCCAGCGCGGUCCGGUCCGGAGGAGCUGCCUUUCCAUCCCGGCUCCCCACGCCCAGCCCCCGCGCCUCCAGCAUCCGCGUCUGCCUCGCUCAGCGGCAGGACAUGACCUACAGACGGAUGGGGAUGGGCGGUCAUCUCAGGACCGGGCCCAGGAGGAUUGGGUGUCGGGCUUCGCACACCCGGAGCCCAGGACCGGGCCUGCCAGCGCCGGCUAAAAUUAGCGGAUGCGGCCGCUCGCCGGGUUGCGGGCGAGUCCCCGCCGCCGCGCUGCCCGGAGCGAGCAGAGCGAGUUGGAGCGAGAGGGUGAGCGGACGCCGGCGCCUCGGAAGCAACCCGGUGAGUGAACUUGGGCCAUGAGCGUCUCGGCCUCGGAACGCCGCCCCGCGGACCGGGGGCGCGUCUCCCUCCCCCUCCGGAAGGACGGCCGUGGCCUCCCCUCGCCCGGCCGGAGGAACCCGCCCUGGCCUCAGACCCCGGACGACGACCCCAGGUUGCCCCCUUUUCCUCUGGAAGAGCCUGGCCCCCGGCCCGUGGCCCCGGGGGACCUUCCCUCUCCCACCCUGUCCCUGGAGGAGGAGGAGGAGGAGGAGGAGGAGGAGGAGGAAGAUGACGAGGAAGACGCGGCGGAGCCCGAGGGGCUGCGCAGCGAGGAGCAUCCCGGACAGUUUUUCGCGGAGGCGCGGCGGCUGCGGGAGCAGAGGCAGCUGCUGGAUGAGGAGGUGUCCGUGGAGGGGCGCGUGUACGGGGUGCACCGCGUGAUCCUGGCCGCCGUGAGCAGCCUUUUUCGAGGCAGGCUGCGGGACGGCGUCGGCCCGCGACCCCCCUUCAGCCUCGACGUGGCCCCCAAGGCCUGGGAGGCCGUGCUGAGCUUUGCCUACGAGGGGGUGCUCAGUCCCGCCCCACGGGCGCAGGUGCUGGUGGCAGCCAAGGCCCUGGGAGCACCCCGGGUGGAGGCCGCGGCCAGGCGGCAGCUCCAGAAGGCUGGAAGCUCCCGGGACGAAGAAAAGCAGCUGCCCAGCCCGGCGGAGGAGCUGAGGGAGAGCCUGCGCAGCAUUGAGCUCCUGUACCGAGAGGGCGUCGGGUGUGACCUGGAGCUGGAAGCAGGCGGCUGCAGGCUGAGGGUGCACCGAGCAGCCCUGGCCUGCGGCAGCGAGUUCUUUGGGGCCAUGCUCCUGAGUGGGAUGAGGGAGUCCCAGGGCUCACAGGUGUCUCUGCGCACCAUCUCUGCCCAGGACCUGCGACUCCUCGUCUCUUUUGCCUACUCUGGGGUUGUGCGCGCAAGAUGGCCAGGACUGCUGAGGGCUGCCCAGGCGGCCCUGCAGUACCAGAGCUCUUCCUGCCUCGCUCUGUGCGAGGCAGCCUUGGCUCGGGGCCUCAGCCCCGCCCGUUGCCUGGCCCUCUUCUCCAUGGCGGAAGUCCCUGGAUUGGAGAGGCUCUGGAGCAAAGCCCGAAGUUACCUCCUCACCCACCUGCCCGCGGUGACCUUGUGCCCUACUUUCCCUUCUUUGCCGGCUGCCUGCCUGGCUCAGCUCCUGGAAAAUGAUGAACUACACUUGCAGGAGGAGUUUGAGGCCUUUGCAGCCGCUCGAUGUUGGCUUGCGGCCCACCCGGAGACCCAGGAGCCAGAGGCCAGGGCCCUGCUCCGAUGUGUCCGCUUCGGCCGCAUGUCCACCAAGGAGCUCCGGAGAGCGCGGGCGGCCGGGCUGCCCCCACCGCUGCCCCCAGACCUGCUGCUGCAGCUGAUCGUGGAGUCGGAGGUGCCAGGACGGGAGAGGUGGAGGGAGCCUGACCAGGCUCUGGUGGUGAUCGGCGGGGACGGGCUCAGGUCGGACAUGGCCAUAAAGGAGCCCUCCCGGGGCGUGUGGUGGGCCCGGGCCUUCCGCUGCGGCAUGGGGCUGGUCCGGAACGUGGAGUGGGGCCGGCUGCCUGCCCUGCCUGCCCCGGGACGCUUCCGGCAUGCGGCUGUGAGCCUGGCAGGAAGCGAAAUCUACGUGUGUGGGGGCCAGGAUUACUACAGCCACGCCAACACCUUGGCUUCUACUCUCAGGUGGGACCCCAGCCAAGAGGACUGGAAGGAGAUGGCCCCUUUGUGCCAGGCCCGGAGUUUUUUCCCUCUGGUAGUACUGGAUGGACUACUGUAUGCCCUGGGUGGACGAGCCAAUGGUGUUGUCCUGAACUCUGUGGAGACCUAUGACCCUGAGCUCAACGUCUGGAGGCCAGCACCUGCACUGCCAGCACCACGCUUUGCCCAUGCAGCGGCUGUUUUGGAGGGCCGAUUGUACAUAAGCGGGGGCUGCAAUAGCACUAGCCAAUUCCUGACCUCAUUACUGCACUAUGACCCAAAACUCGAGAAACCAGGGACACUCCUGAGGCCUAUGGGGGUAGCUCGAGCUGCCCAUGUCAUGGCUGCUCUGGGCGGGCGAUUGUAUGUAGCAGGUGGGUUAGGUGAGACUGGGGACCUGCUGAGCUUUGAAUCCUAUGAUCCAAAGACAGAUAGCUGGACUCACCUGGUGCCUCUGCCCUCCCCCCACGUAGGAGCUGCAGGGGCGGUGCUGCAGGGGGAGUUCCUGGUGCUGGGGGGCUACAGUCACCUUACUUACGCCCUCUCCCACCUCAUCCAUGCUUAUUGCCCUGGCCUGGGCCGAUGGCUCUGCCUGGGAACUCUGCCAAGGGCUCGGGCUGAGAUGCCUGCCUGCAUCCUGACUCGGCCCACAGUGCAGCACGUAGGUGUAGGUCCCACAGGGCACCAAGCCAAGCCUGCCGGCUGAGCAUGGAGCAGCAGCAGUGGAUGGGGGAGGAAGGGGUAAGCUAUAGCAUGAGAGAAGGACAGAGAUGAAGCAAGGACAAAGAGAAGUCUUUUUUCAGGGUAGUGUUUUAUUCUAGUACAGUGCUUUACAACUCAUAAACUGCUUUUGAAUAUAUGAUCUUCAUGGAAGAAAAGGUGGCUCCAGGUGGUUGGGCAUCAUUCCAUGCACCAGGAGGCUGUUGGUUCGAUUCCCUGAUCAAGGACACAUGUCUGGGUGUUGGGCUCCAGAAUUGCCAGGGAAAGGGCGUUGAGGAAGGGGAGCAGCUAAAUACCUCGGUACGAAGAGGAAACCCAGAAGCAACUGUACAAGGUUUGGGGAUCCUGGUACUAUUUCUAGCAGGGAAAAGUACAUUUAGCUGGAAGAUAGUCAAGAAGCUCCAGUAGCCAUGGUAUAGGGGCUAGGAGAGGACAGCUGGGAAAACCAUGAUUCUGACCCAUGGAACAAGGAGUAAAUCAUUUAAAGGCUAUCCAUGAAUGAGUUUGAGGAGUUAGGAGCAUGGGGCAGGGAAGACUGUAAUUGUUAAGCCCGUCCCCUUUUCAGUUUUUGCUCCUCUCUACAAUCCAAUUUCUGAUCACUGGAAUCUUUUGGACAAUAUUGUUUCUCAGGUGACUUGUAGGCCCAAUCUAGCGUUUCCUCAGUCCGGACGCCACAGGCUGCCCCUAAGAGCCUCUGGUACUUAAUCUGCGGCAGAAGUUCCCAUCUGGACCUGGCAUAGAACAGGGGUGAGAUUCCAGGGCGCUGAGGUGGGAGUGCUGCAGGUGGGGAAGAUGAGGAGGAAAGAGGCAAAGUGGGAGGCACCACAGUGGAAAAGGUUUUGAGGUGAUGGGGUAGAAGAAGUCAGAAGCUUAACUGGCUUCCUUCCUUGCUUUGGAGUCAAUUGAGGGAUUCGGAGUGAAAGGAGAACAGUGUAGAAUGAGGUUGUAGGAGAAAGCGGUAGUGAGAGACAAAGAAGACAUGGAAAAUUGGUUUUCCUCUGUUCUGUGCCUUUCCUCCAGACUUUUUUUUAAAAAUCAGUUUCCCGUUUUCUUGGCCAGGGAACAUUGAGUCAGAUGCUUUCUCUCUCACUUUCUCCACCCUGCUCUUCUUGCCUUUUCUUCUCCUCCUUUCUUUCUCUCCUCCUUUCUCCCUCACAGUCAUUUAUUCCUUACUAUAUGUCAGGAACGAUAUGGGACAUUAAGGACACAGAGGUCAGAGAGCUCCUGACUAGCAGACAGACUUGUAAACAAAUACUAGUUUUUCAGUGGAUUUAGAAGUAUGGACAUUUCCCUCACACCUCUCAUACACACUUAGCCUUGGAGAGCCCAGAGGAUGGAAGAGUGAACUUUGCUCAGGGAAGGCUUCUGUUACAGAAGGCAGCAUCAUCAGGUGGGUGUAGUUUGAACUGGAUCUGGAAGGCUGCUGGUUCACCAUUCAGAAAAGGAGGAAGGCAUUCCUGACAGAGAAAGGAAGCAAGUGGGGAAGGUAGCGGUCUGUGUCUCCAUAGCAAAGGGGAAGUUAGAAUUCCAGUGGUUCUUCAGAGAAUUCUGCUGCUGUGGCCAACCGUCUUUCUUCUCAGGAGCCUUUCUGAAGACCAUGGUUUUCACUUAAUGAUUGUAUAUUCCCUCCUUCCACAACUCCCCCUCCUCCCACCCCCCUAAAAAUUUUUUGUAUGAUAUUUCCAUUUCUCACCCCUGAGCAGUUUAGGACAAAGGGCAGGUUCUUUGCAUAGAUCAAUCUUCUGCUGCCAUUGAUCAUUAAGAAUCUCAUACUCCUAAGGGUGAGAAGAAGGAAUCUCAUUGUACCUCUCUUCAUCCUGGCCCGAGGGGUACUUGAAAUGUUUGUUGUUUUAGGUAUUAUUAUUUUAUUAAAGUUAUUUUCUAUAACUGUUUGGAAGCAUAGUUGAAAAUGAGGAGGGGUAAAUAGGAUUUUUAAUAGAAAAGAGAAGAAAGAUCAAAGAACAGAGGGAAAUAAGGAAAUUAGAAGCAUUGAGAAACUAUAAGAAUUGAGUCUUGCCCUGGCUGGUGUGGCUCAGUUGGUUGGACAUCAUUCCAUGCACCAGGAGGUUGUUGGUUUGAUUCCCUGGUCAAGGACACACGUCUGGGUGUUGGGCUUGAUUCCUGGUAGGCGGCAUGCAGGAGGCAGCUGAUAGAUAUUGUGCUCUCGCAUUGAUGUUUCUAUUUCUCUACCUCCCCCUUCCUCUCUAAAAACCAAUAAACUAUUCUUAAAAAAAAGAAAAAGAAAAAAGAAAGAAUUGAGUCUCUAGGGUGAACUGUGAACAUACGUUUAUAAUUUGUAUGCAAAGAUAGGCUUAAAUAAAGGUUUUCCUAUGAUUG